AUGUCACAGAUCAACUGCACUCAGGUAAAGGAGUUUAUUCUUGUGGGCCUCACGGAUCAAGAGGAGUUGCAGAUGCCCCUCUUUGUGCUGUUCUUAUCCAUCUACCUCUUCACAGUAGCAGGCAACCUGGGUCUGAUCCUAGUCAUCAGCACAGACUCAAGACUCCACACGCCAAUGUACUUCUUCCUUAGUAACCUGGCCUUUGUUGAUUUCUGUUAUGCUUCUGUCAUUACACCCAAAAUGCUUGGAAAUUUCUUGUACAAGCAAAAUGUUAUCUCUUUCAACUCAUGUGCUGUCCAGUUAGGCUGUUUCCUCACCUUCAUGGUAUCUGAGUGCUUGCUACUGGCUUCCAUGGCCUAUGAUCGAUACGUGGCCAUUUGUAACCCCCUCCUCUAUAUGGCCUCAAUGUCCCGAGGAAUCUGUAUUCAGCUUGUAGCUGUCCCCUACAGCUACAGCUUUUUGAUGGCACUGUUUCACACCAUCUUCACUUUUCGUCUCUCCUAUUGCCACUCGAAUACCAUCAACCAUUUCUACUGCGAUGACAUGCCUCUUCUCAGGCUCACUUGCUCAGAUACACGUUCCAAACAGCUGUGGAUUUUGGCCUGUGCUGGUGUUACUUUCAUCUCCUCUGUUCUGAUUGUCUUUAUCUCCUACAUGUUUAUUAUUUCUACCAUCCUGAGAAUGAGCUCAGCUGAGGGAAGACGCAAAGCCUUCUCCACAUGCAGCUCCCACAUGCUGGCAGUCACCAUAUUCUACGGGACCCUCAUCUUUAUGUACUUACAGCCAAGUUCUCAGCAUUCUCUUGACACAGAUAAGAUGGCCUCUGUCUUCUAUACAGUGAUCAUUCCCAUGUUAAACCCUUUAAUCUACAGCCUCAGAAAUAAGGAUGUUAAAAAUGCCCUGAAAAAAAUCAUCACCGAUAAAAACCAGACUUCUGUGUUCACAUUUAAAAAUGAUUCGAUGGAAAGCAUUUUGGACUACACGGGCUUACGAGUGACCCUGAAAGGGUGA